GCAAAUAAGAUAAAACUCUGGUGUAAACAAUUAAUAAUAAUAAUGGCAAUAAAUGCAGUUCGUUGGGAAGUGUUAUGAUUUUCACCCAAUAAAUAUGUCUAACUCCCUCGGGCUCCUUCCGCAUGGGCAACCCCGCCGUGCAUUAACAGUGUCCACAGAGUAGCGGUACAUGGUGUCUUUUCAUUCUGUUUCUGGGAUACUGUACGAACUCUUACAAGACCCGGAUCAGUUGCGGGGAAACGAGAGUUUAAAGCGGACAAGAAAAGCUGAGGGGAGCAAUUCGCUGGUAACGGGAGGGCGUUAGUGGCAGAAAGCUUCAAUGUGUCCUGUUAAUGUUCAGCCCAAUUAAUUGAGCUCUAAAAGAGCCACCUCAUGUGUCAUGAAUACAUUAGUGCCUCUGAUGAGUUUGUCUUUGGGGACUCUGGGACUACGCUACCCAGUGUCAUCACAAAUUACCAAGAGAAAUUGCUUGCAGCUCACAAUCACAUCUGCUUUUGGGUUUGGCAAGACCUAAUGCUCUAAGACUUUUUGUUCUUAUUCUUUGCUUUGAUUUUUUUAAUUGCAGUUGGCUGCAUUUUUUUUCUUUUGAGAGGUAGCAUGCAGUCAGAACUGGGCUUGCUUUUCCUAGUAAAGAAGUGCUGAUUAAUCCUGUGGUACUCUAAGGUGGUACUUAUCUGAUGGCAAAAACUCGAGUCUGCGGCCAUACAAGAACGGGAUGCUUCAGGAUUUAAGCGCCGCCGGUGUCUUCUUUCCACCUUGUUCACAGUACAGAAGUUUAGCUCAGGUGCCUGACAAUGAUGAACAGUUUGUGCCAGACUAUCAGGCUGAAAACUUGGCUUUUCAUGGUAUCUCACUGAAAAUCAAGAAAGAACCGCAGAGUCCCUGUUCAGAAUUUGGUUCUGCAUGUAGUCAAGAUCAUCCCUUUAAGUUCAGUUAUGGGGAAAAGUGCCUGUAUAAUAUCAGUGCCUACGAUCAGAAGACACAUGUGGGAAUGAAGACCUCAAAUCCACCCACUCCAUCUAGUACUCCAGUGUCUCCCCUGCACCAUGCAUCACCAAGUGCUGCACAGACCCCCAAGUCAGACAGGAGUUUCCCUCCUCACCUCUCACCUCCACAGCCCAUUACAGAAAACAGUUAUGCAAUGGACCACAGAUUUCGACGGCAGCUGUCUGAGCCUUGUAAUUCAUUUCCCCCUCUAUCAACAAUGGCAGCAGAAGGUCGACCACUUUACCAACGGCAGAUGUCAGAGCCUGCAAUCCCUUUCCCGCCUCAAGGCUUCAAACAAGAAUACCACGAUCCAGUCUAUGAACACAGUGCAAUGGUUGGGGGCCUUUCAAAUCAGAGCUACCCCCCUCCGGUGAUGAUCAAGCAAGAACCACGGGAUUUCACAUAUGACUCAGGUUGCCUUUAUGAAAAGGGACCUCGACAUUUCUAUGAUGAUACAUGUGUUGUACCUGAAAAGUUUGAUGGUGACAUUAAACAAGAACCUGGUUUAUUCCGAGAAGGCCCCACCUAUCAGAGGCGUGGUUCUCUCCAACUUUGGCAAUUUCUUGUCGCUCUUCUUGAUGAUCCAUCAAACUCGCACUUUAUUGCUUGGACUGGUCGAGGCAUGGAAUUUAAACUUAUUGAACCAGAAGAGGUAGCACGUCGAUGGGGAAUUCAAAAGAAUCGACCUGCCAUGAACUACGAUAAACUUAGCCGUUCACUUCGCUAUUACUAUGAGAAGGGGAUCAUGCAGAAGGUAGCUGGAGAGAGGUACGUCUAUAAAUUUGUAUGUGACCCUGAAGCACUUUUCUCUAUGGCCUUCCCAGACAACCAGCGCCCUUUGCUGAAGACAGACAUGGAGCGUCAAAUCAAUGAGGAAGACACAGUUCCUCUCUCCCAUUUUGAUGAGAGUAUGGCUUACAUUCAAGACAGUGGCUGCUGUAAUACACAUCCAUACAGUGAGGGAUAUGUAUAUUAACAGAAGCUGAAAUAAGAGAACAUGUGCAUUUGCAUAUGUUGGAAUAUCUUGCUGAUUUAUUUUGAAAACAAGUCUGGGUUUUUUUUGCCCUAAAACACUAGGUAUACAUAUGUGUAUGUAUGCCUGUAUGCGUGCGUGUGUGCGUGUGUGUGUGUGAGUGUGUGUAUAUAAAUAUAUAUGUAUAUAUAAAAAUUCACCCUUGUUUUAUGUCUUAAUUUUUCCUAUCACAGUUCUCCUAGAGUCCGGUGAGGACAGUGCACUUUAUGGGGGAAUUAUGAAAAUAAUAAAUGGUAAAUAAUAACUCUACAAAGUUUAUGUUAUUAUAACAAAAGAAAGGGUGGGAAUACAUAUUUGCCUAAGCUUCACUAGGUCUUUUUGAGGGUGGGGUUUAUUACUUCGAAGAUGUAUUGAUUUUGUCUUGCACCUGCGCUAAUGAUGUACAGCUUUGCUUGUUUAAGUAGCAUGGUUAAUUCUGUUUAUAUGAACUACUGUAGGUCAUAAACGGGACUAUAUAUGAUUUCUUUUCUGGCAGCCAAGCUUAUUAACUUAAUGCCACUCAGCUAAACUGCUAUUGGCCUGGUAAUCUAGUCAUCAUUUUUAUUUCAUGAAAUUAGACGUUAUGCUUGUAUUGGAAGAGAAGGUUGCAUCUUUCAUGGCUUCUUGCACUGAAAAUAACUUCUUUGUGUGACAUUUUCAAACCUACUUAUUUGUCUUCUGUAUUUGACCUCAUUUCUAUGUCUGCUGGACAUAUUUUUAAUCAAAGUGCUCUUAAACAUAGACAAUUUGCUGGGAGUUGCACACCGUGUUUGCAACAAUAUUGUUGUUGUUGUUAAAACCAGCUCACCAAUGUCUCUGUUAUUAUGUGGAAGAUAAAUCGGGCAUCCAAUAAAACUGAUAUAACCCAUCCCCAUGGUUUGCCAACUUCAUAUUUAGCUAAUAUUAUUGUGAACAGAGUUUGCGAUCCCAUGCAAGAUAGAUUGUAGGUAGAUUUGCCACCACAAUAAAAAAAAACUCAUCAGUGUGUUGCCUGUUUAAUCUUUCAGGUUGUUAUCACUAAUAUGGCUUGUCAUACUCAAUGUCCUUUAACUGCUCUAUAAUUAGAUUUUUGUAGUAGAAUCCUUAUGGUAGAAUUAGUACCACAAACUUGCUGCACCUACUUUGAAUCAGCAGCCUUUCAGGGAAAGUGGUGAUUACACAACCCUAAAUCUAACCUUUUCCUCUCACCUGUAUCAGACCAGUUUGUGUUUAAAAUUCCAACUAAGAUUUUACUGCAGCUGUUCUGCAAAACUGGAAGAUGACAUAUAUAUCAGUGACAGUGAGAGGACAUUGAUUCCAGUGAUUGAGAAAUGACAUAGAUAGCAAUGACAUGGAGAUAAUCACUGAAUGUGAAAUGAUAUAAAUAUUAGUAACUGGGACAUCACAUAGACUGUGGCUGGAAGAUGAUACUGACACCUGUGGCUGAGAGAUGAUACAGAUAUCAGUGACUGAGAGAUGACACCAUAUCAGUAGCUGUCAGAAGACAGUAACAUCAUUGACUGGGAGAUGACAUCAUAUCAGUAGCUGUCAGAAGACAGUAACAUCAUUGACUGGGAGAUGACACCAUAUCAGUAGCUGUCAGAAGACAGUGACAUCACUGAGUUGGAGAUGACACCAUAUCAGUAGCUGUCAAAAGACAGUGACAUCAUUAACUGGGAGAUGACACCAUAUCAGUAGCUGUCAGAAGACAGUGACAUCGCUGACUGGGAGAUGACACCAUAUCAGUAGCUGUGAAAAGACAGUGACAUCAGUGACUGGGAGAUAACACAUAUAUCAGAGGCUGUAACAUGACAGUGAUAGUAACUGGGAGAUGACACAUAUCAAUCACUUGGAUAUAACACAUAACUAGGACACGAAUAACAUUGUGACCCUGCUAGUUUCCAUCAUAAAGGCACAAACAUGCAUUCUUCCUAUCUGGAUGAAGUCACCAAAUUCACAUCCAGAGACUAGAGUGUUGCUAAAGAUAAUGGAUGCUUUGCCAUAAAGCAGUUUUUCAUUAAACCUUUGCUUUAUGAGUAUUCCUUAUUUGGAAGAAUUGGUGAGGUUUCAGUGGUAUAGAAUAACUGGACUUCAUUCUCAGCAAGCUCUUUGCCAAACAAAAUAACUCACUGAAUUCCUCUUAAACCAAAUUCUUUAACAGUAUUUAAAAAUUAGCUUUCCAAGGAGCCUAUGAAUCAAUGUCCUUAGGGGCUAUUUUACCAGCUUAUCCUUAGAAUCACUGGAAGUGUCAUUCAGGUCAGUGUAAAAAUUGUGUGCUUCUCUACUCAGACUUUUCACAUUAGGUCAUAAUCUAAAUGUUUCAAAGAAAUGAAGUGCACUGUUUAAUUUACAUUCACAGAUUUUUCACAUUAGUUUAUGACUAGAUGCUUAAAUUACAGAAAGUGUACUUUUCCAGUCUAUGUUUUGCAGUAUCCCCAUAUUUUUCAUCUGAUGUGUGUACUAUAUCCCCUUCUUCCAUUUCUCAUAUAAUGAUUACAGUACUAAACAAAUGUCUAGCAAAUGUGAUAACAUUCAGGUUCUCCAGUGUCUAAUACUGCAAACAGCUCCUUCAAAUAGAAUCAGACAUGGACCAUCGUUCCUAUUCUUAUAGUAAUAAUGUGUUCACUGAUAAUUUACAUAUUUGUUUCAGCCACACAUGCCCCCUACUCAGUAUUCAGGUAGUUCCUAGCAUGUCUCUAAUGUUAUCAUGACACUAAACAGACUCCAUUCCCAUCUUCCACAGACAGAGAAAGCAGUUUAUGGGUAUUCUUCACUUUUUCCAUAGCUAAGAGUUUUGAUUCCACUAACCAUUUUACAAAGCCGGACUAUAGGUUUCAUACGCAGAUAUAUUGCCGGACACUUAGGCUGUUUUUUAUCUGCAUAAACAGACAUUUUGGGAACCAUACCUAAUUCUGGAGCAAUCAGCUACCACCUUGCCAUCUUCUUUCUCCAAUACAGUGUCCAGAAAUGCAGGUACUGACAAUUUUCUUUCUAACUGUUUAGCACUGAAUAGGCAUACAGGGACUGCUCAUGGAUUUAGAGUGAUAAAUAUUGAAAUCAGUGAAACCUGAGUGGCCCUUCUGGAAAAUAAGUUGUAAAAUUAAUUGUGCUAGUAAAAUGUAUAUGAAAGUAUGCUUCUACAUCAACAUCAAGUUAGCUAUGCCUAGAGGAUUUUUAUUUCUGCACUUCUGCAGUAAGAAAUGUUAUAAUAAUUAUACUUUAUCUGCAGACAGAGUGGUACCUGCUAGUCAAAUGUGCUAAGUGGUGUAGAUUAAAAUCACUUUUCAAAUAGCCUUUAAUGCAUUCCAUCUCUCAUAUGCUUUUAUGUGUGGUUAUAGCAGAAGGCCAUCCUUCUACUUCUGAUAACUGCUUUAUCCUUUACAGGGCAGUGGGGGUCCUGAACCACAUCUCAGCAACUUAGGGAUGCAAGGUUUGGAAGCUAAUUAAAGCAUAUUCCAGAAAGAGCACUAGUCUUUAGUAAGACACACUCACAUCAUAUGCAUGCCAACAGACAAUUCGGAGCAUCAGCACUCACCCUUCUUCAUGUCUGUGAGAGGUGGCAGGGAAUCUAGUCAUCCACAGAAAACCCACUCAAAUACAAGGAGUACUUGCAGACUCCACACAAGAAGCACCCUGGCUGAGAAUUGAAUUAGCAAUCCUUUCUAUGAGUUGCAGCAUAACUCACUGCACCCUUGUGCCACCUGGAAGCCAACCCUAUCUUAUGUAUAUAAAAACAUCCAGUUUAUUUAUUUUUAUACCCUGUAUACCAUUUCAAGUAAAACAUUAUCAUGAGUAAUGCUUGUUAAAUGGUAAUUCAGCCAUUCCCUCCACCAGUCAUUACAACCCAUGAACUUAAAUGCAAAUCUGUUGAAUGCACACACUUGUUAUGCUCACAAUGUUCUUAAGUCCAUGUAUUCUUUUUAUCAAUUUAUCAAAAUGCUGUUUCUCCUCUUCAGUACAUACUUGUGGCAUAUACUAGCUGUAACAUUUCCUUAGAUAUUGAUACUUUUUGCUAUAUACUGUAAACAACAUUCCAUCCAUUAUGAAAGAUUGUUCUGUAACCAUCAAAAAAUGAUAUCCGUACUGACAGAUGAAUCAAAUUCCAUUUUUCAGUCAAGAAGGUGAUGGUGUGUGAUAUUCCCCAGUAUCCAUAAUCAUUUUCCUUUGUGUACAUAGGCUAAAUUGAUGCCAUAUGCUGAUGAAAUGUUGAGAAUCCAUAUACACAGAAUCACUUAUCUUGUCUGGCAUAUUUCCUGUAUUUUUUUAAAGAUAAUGUAACAAUAUUAAUAAGAAAAAAAUUCUUGCCACCAAACACAGCCUUCUUUAUGAUCACUGCAUCAGCAAUUCAUAUGUAGUUACUUGGCUGCAUUCAAGGAGACCAUUAAGCAGUAUAAGUCAAUUUCCCAAUUGUCAGAAAGUACUGUCUGGUGGCUUGCUCAAAGUCACACAGUAAGUAGCUGAAGGCUGAAACAGAAUCAAACCCUGUACCACAGGAAGCAACACAUUAGCAAGCAAUAGUCUUAAUCUUCUGUGUUAACAGCCAAAUGCACUAGUAAAUACAAUGCUGUUUUCAAAUGCCUUUUUGCAUAACAUUGACAUGUAGAUAGAUCGGCUCUGCUCAUUGGUCUACAGGUCUGAAUCCAGGGUAUGGGCUGUUAGUUGCUUUCCAUACAUGUAAAAUGUAGGUAUGGAAGACUGGCAAUAAGUUAUAGGUUUGCCAAAUAAAAGUAUCCUUUACUAACUUCAGCUGAUACUGGCACAAGGUAACAACAGAGUGACUGUCCUGGCACCUAUGUCUCUAAUGGAUCCAGUCAACCUGUAAAUGGUUCAUCUCCCAGGCCCCUUCUUGUAAAUGUUUCAUCUCCCAAGCCCCUGCUUACACUUAUCAAGGCUACCAGAAGUUAUUAAAGAUAUAGUAUGCACAGCUAGGCUUAAAAAGGCCCUUGUGGUCAUUAGCCUAGUAAACACCUAUGAACCUCUACAUCAUCUGCCAGGGAAGUGGCUGCAUUUUGUAUAAGAUUUAUGGUAUUUGCACUCAGUCCCCAGACAUACUAUUGUAGAUUGUCAAGUAUGGAAUGCUUAGGGUUCAGUUCUUUUAAACAUGUUAAAGCUUGUAAGCCUUCUGGUGGUAGUAUCUUUGUCUGAGAGAUCUUAAGGAUUUUAUAUUGUACAGAACUUGAAGCUGUUAACAUGUUAAGAUGAUAUUUCUGACAGUCUGGUUAUCAUUCUUUGUAUCAAGAUACAGGAAGAAGUCUCAAUUUAUUUUUGGAGUACUACUAGGAUACUCAUUAAAUAUAGACAUUACACAUUACGUAACUGAAAGUAUAUUUGUUGAUAUGAUUUGUGGUUUUCUAUUGAUAACCCACUUAGGUUUAUACGAGGAGGAGAAAAACUUAAUCAGAGAGUUCCUGUAAGCACGCUGCUUCUAUGGAGCUGAUUGAAAUCUUUGUACCACCCUUAUAACUAGUUGACAGUCAGAAAUCUGCUGUGUUUUCCUUCUCUUUAGUGAUCAGACAUUGCUGAUAUGAUUGCUCAUAAAUAUAAUAUAGUAUUCUACUAUGGUCUUUUAGUAAGAAGUAGAGCUCAGGGAAAUUAAAUCUAAAAAUAUAUAUCUCCUGUGCAUAAUGCAUUUCGGUUUUAAAGUGAGUUGCAAUGUAGACAUACCAAAUGUAAGUAAAAAACCUAGUGCAAGUCACUGUAUAAGUCAGUUAUUAGUGACACUAAAAGAUAUGUGGUUGCCAUGUUAACCUAGCACUUCUAGAGGCAAUAAUGCCUUUCAUACUUGCAUUAUAAACAGUUAAAAGCCUGCCUCACAAAACUGCAGACAAUUUUGCAAAUAUGUCACUUUGUGUAUUGUGUUAAACGUUGUACAAAAAGGAAGGAUUGCCUAUAACUUGGCCAGACCUUUGCUAAAUUCUAAAAUGCUUUAUCUUGUAAGAAUAAUGAUAACAUGAUGUGCUGGUUAUCCCCCGUAGAAUCCAAGAAAGAGAAAAACAAGUAGUCUUCUGAUGGAAUGUGGCACAGCAAAGAGAGGAAUAUUGGAACAGGCAUAGCUUUAGCAAAGAGGCUGAAACAAUUGGGGAGAAGCAUUGUACAGGUUAGACUGGGCUGGCACACCACAUUAAGAUUUGGAGCAUUAUGGUAAUACAGGACAUUUCCUGACAAAGGCAACAUUUUAAUUAAUGCACUUUGAUUUGCAUCCCUCUACACAAUGUUGGAGGUGCUUAUGAUCAAAUCUUUCUUCAGUGAAAUAAAAACUCACCAAAAAAAUCAGUACACUUUGCAGUAUUUGAGUUGUGGAGCUCAUCUUAUUUAUUUUUAUUUUUUUGGCCCAUGCGUCUAUCACAGAGUCCAGUAACCAUGAUUCAUGCUAUUUGGGACAGAUGAGCUGUUUUGAAUUCCACAAAGCAAGUGUAACUUCUGAAUGUGUAGCCAUGAAGGGUGUGUAAUUUCUCCCAAGAAAAUGAAAAUUAAAUCAUGAUUAUGCAGUAAAAGAUACAGAAGAAAAUAAUUGUUUAAUCUGUAAAUCCAGCAACAAUAUAAAAAUAGAAAUGUUUUAGUGUUUUAUGUGUUUAGAUUUAAUAUGAUAAGAAUGAUUUUUGUUAUCAUGCAAAGCCUUUAAUUUCAGUUUUGCAGAUACAGAGAAGUAACAUGUUUUCUUUUGUUAGGGUGGAAAUAAAAUUAUAUUUUUUGUUACAUGAGUAUUUGUUCAAGAAAAAUGCAGCAAUUAAUUAGGUUAAUUAUAACAAAUGUUUGCUACACAAUAUAUGACCAUACACCAUGUUUUUCAAAUAAUUUAAAAUUUUAUAAUGUAUUUAUGUAUCUGUUUUUACGAUAUACCUAAUCAGUUUUUGUUUGGCCACAGGGCCAGUUUUCUUAAAUAUUACAAACUUCUUUUAUCAAUCCCUUCCACAUUUCCUACAGAGAAAAAAAAACAUAACAGCACAUCCUUUUGUAACUAGUCCUACAUUAUUUCCUUAAACCAGAAUUAACACCACUAAACCACAUUUUUAUUUAUUGCUGUAAUCACUGCAAUCACUCUGAAAUUUGCUGAUGAAAAAUAAAUACUUUAUUAGUAAACUCUGGGGUCCCAAUUAAUAUGCAUUUAAGCUUCUUAUACUGUUAUGUUAAAAUAUAUAAAUAUUAGAUUAUACUAUUGCUUUUGCUGCCAUCUCUUUGUGUAAAAUUCUAUCUGAUGCAAGGUUUACUAAGGCAAUUGUAAGUAAUGCUGUAAGUAUUGGUUAGUAUAUUAGGAUAAAAUGUAAUAGAUGACUUGACAUGUUUAUUGCUUAUAAUGUAGCAUUCGCUGUAGACCUUAUGGAAGCAACUUCUAAGAUACAGCAACUAAGGAAGAGUAACAUUUGCUGAUGAUAGCCAUGCUGAAUGCACAUUUUGGUGGACUGGAAACUACAUACACAGCUGCUGCUCUAGACUGACCACAGAACACAUCAACUCCUCUUAAGAAAUAGUGCUGGCACUGAUAUAUAACUUACUGAUUAUUUGGUAUUAUUGUUUAAACGAUACUCAGAAUUACAGCUUUAUACAGCAUAUUUUGUAUGUUCUCAGAAAAACAAUAAAAGUGAGCAGCCUGAUUGUAUGGUUCUGUUUUGUAUGUGGCAGGUGGUAGUAAAACAUGGCUGGUGGUCACAAAAGCACUUCAUUAUUUUAUGCAUAUGAGGCAGUGAUGUGUAUGCAUCAUAUUAAUUUCAAACAUAUGUACUUUUAUUUGCAAGUAAUACAAAAAAAUGCAUCUCAUGAAAGCAGAAAUAUUCUCUCGGAAUCAUUUGCAGCAAGCUUAAUUACAAUCCACUAAUUUACGAGGAACAAUUUUACGUUGAAUAUACAGUUGUUUAAAGCUUCACAGGGUAAGGCAAACAAAUCAAAUCCUGAUCUCAUUAUUUAUGGAAAGUGCAAUGAUCUGUAAAUAUUUUUUAUUAGAAAGUUUUGUAAUGUUUUAUAGAAUUGAUUUUAAAUUGAUCAAUGAAAAUGAUUAAUUGGCCAGAAAGGUAAAUCUUGGUAAGUUUCUAUUGUCAAGAAUAAAUGAGCAUAAAUAAAAUCUUUAUUCUUAAUUCCCACUGUAUAAAAACGCAUGUAGUAUUACAUAUUUAAAAUAUUUCAGAAAGGAAAGGAUUCCAUUAUAAUUUGUCAGAGAUUAAACAUUUAUGUAGAAAAUAAAUCAUUGUUGAGGAUGGAAAUAUGUGUAAAAUGGUAGUAACUUCUUGACACUCAUUCCUUUAUUCCAUAUUUAACCCUUUCAGGAUAAAUGAGGUCUGUGGGAUCUUUCACUAAUACGCAUUACCCUGUAGAGGUACUGUAUAAAAAGAAUUUUAAGUUUACAUCAGAUUGUUAUUAAUAUAAUUUGUCAUAACAGACACAUUGCUAAUUGAUUUCUACAGGAGCUAUUACUUUAUUCUGAUUAUUAUUUUAUGACUCAGUUCUACUAUCAUAAAUCACUUGUUUAUGAAUGUGGAACUGUUUAAUGGAAGGAAAUGUUUGAAAAAAAUCUGUAAUAAAGAAUAUGCCUGGAACUCAAACUAUUUUGAUUAUUUAUUAAAAAGUAUUUAUCACAGACAUA